UAAAUGCAAAGGAUAGCGCCCUCACUCAUCUUAACACCCCAACAGAAGCAAAAUUUAGAGAGAGAAGCAAAUCCCAGAGAGAGAGAUAGAGAUGGAAGGGAUGGAUCAUGGCCAUGGCAUGGGUGGUAUGGCACCACCACCACCAUCAUCCAUGACGAACGGUACGACGAUGCACCAUACGAUGAUGAUGCACAUGACCUUCUUUUGGGGCACAAAGGCGGAAGUACUCUUCUCCAAAUGGCCAGGCACAAACACCGGCAUGUAUUACGUAUCCUUAUUCUUUGUCUUUGCCCUAGCUGUCCUCGUCGAGUGGCUCUCCCACUGCCGUCUGAUCAGACCCAGCGCAAGCGACGUCAUUUCUGGACUGGCACAGACUUUUUUGCAUGCAAUUAGGGUUGGGUUGGCUUAUUUGGUGAUGUUGGCCGUCAUGUCGUUUAAUGCGGGGGUGUUUCUUGUGGCGGUGGCUGGGCAUACUGUUGGGUUCUUGCUUUUUGGGAGUAGGGUUUUUAAGAAGAAGCCGGAUGUUGAUGAAAAGGGUUCUGAUCUUCCUCCAAUGAGAUGUUGAUUAUAUGUAAAUUUUAAAUUUUAUUUAUGGAAUUAAUUAGGACAUUCUGGGUUUUUAGUUUGGUGAAGCAUCUAAUGCUCAGAUGGCUGAGGCGGUGGCGGUAAGGGAUGCGCUAUGGGGCUGCAGGAGAGAUGGAUUUACAAAGGUAAUUAUGCUCAGGAGGUUGUUCGUAUGAUUAAUAGAAGAAUGGUUUUUGAUGCGCAAACUGGAAGGUAUUUUGCACGAUACAUGGAAUCUGUGGAGUAUGUGUUUUUUUCAUCGAGAAACCAACAGAGCAGCGCACAUUGUUGCAACUUUCAUGCAAUCUGUAGCGGGAAUUUUUAUUUGGGAUUGUAUUA